UACGCUACGUACGCUUUAUUAAGCGUCUUCCCGCGCGAUCUCCUCCUCAGUCGCUCGGCUCCUUGGCGGUAACUGUCCUUCCAGCCCUUUUACUUAAUUUUCAGGACUUGAAUUCAUUGCCAUGUCCUCUGAAGAAGGGAAGCUCUUCGUUGGAGGGCUCAACUUCAACACCGAUGAACAGGCUCUGGAAGAUCACUUCAGCAGCUUCGGGCCAAUUUCUGAAGUGGUCGUUGUCAAGGACCGGGAGACUCAGCGAUCCCGGGGUUUUGGCUUCAUUACCUUUACCAAUCCAGAGCACGCCUCAGAUGCCAUGAGAGCCAUGAAUGGAGAGUCUCUGGAUGGUCGCCAGAUCCGUGUGGACCAUGCGGGCAAGUCCGCCAGGGGAACCAGAGGGGGUGCCUUUGGGGCCCAUGGGCGUGGUCGCAGCUACUCUAGAGGUGGUGGGGACCAGGGCUAUGGGAGUGGCAGGUAUGACAGCCGACCUGGAGGAUAUGGAUAUGGAUAUGGAAGGUCCAGAGAUUAUGGUGGCAGAAGCCAGGGUGGUUAUGACCGCUACUCAGGAGGAAAUUACAGAGACAAUUACGACAACUGAGAUGAGGCAUGCCGCACCUAAUGUAGAUACACAAGGAAUAAAACUUCUGAUCCAGGAUCAUCCUUCCAAAUGGCUGUAUUUAUAAAGAGUUUUGGAGCUGCACUGAAACAUCUGUUUUAGUACGUCGACUUCUAUUUUUGAAUUGAGCUCCCAGGGUAGCUUGUUAAAGACCUUUUAGAAAGCUCCGUGUGUUUUAUUUUUUCUCUCCCAUUUAAAGACAAAUUCUGGGCCAUUUUAUAGAGUCCGGAAUUUUUCCUUUUACCAGUUUUUUUAGUUUGGGCUCUCAGGAUUGGUCCUGGCCAAAAAAAAAAAGUUUGGCCAGACUGAUCCCCUCCAGGAAAGAGUAUAUAUUUAGGGACAUUUUUAAAAUUUGUACACAGUGUUUAUCAUGGUUAGGAAGCAAUUUCCAAAUGUAACUGCAAGAAAUCUCAAAUCAUGAUUACUUAGAGGUUUUCUUGUUUUUGUGUUUUUGUGUUUUUACUGAAGAUCACUGCCCUGAUUAUCUAGAAGUUUCUUAAAAUACUUGUGAAUGUCGGUUUUUUUUAAAUACUGGAAGAAAAAGUUUCUGUUGCGUUUCAUGUAGUAUUUAGGAUGUCCUUCAUGGAGCUGAUUAAAAAAAUGAAACCUAAAAACAAA